AUGUCCGCCUGCCCCUUCAACGAUGGAAAAAUUGCUGGACCCUUACCAAAACAGGCCACACGACAUGCAGUCUUGAAGUUUCCUACGCCAGCUGGUUCUAAUAAAAAAGUAAAUCCUAAAUCAAACACAACAAAACUAAACCAAAGCAAAAUCAUCGAUCAAAAAACUGUAUUGCAAGUUAAAAAUCCAGCAGUGAAUAUAAUAAAGCAUGAUAAAGGAUUACUCUCUAAUUUAAGUAGCAAGAUGAAACUUAUUACAGAGAACCCGGGAUAUUUUGAGAACUUCACGUAUUUUCAACUCAAUAGGUCACGUGUGUCGGACAUUCCUAGCCAGUAUUCGAUCCCCGGUACGUCCGUGUGUUCAGGUGAUGUUGACCUGUUGGUGAUGAUUAUGAGCGUUAAACAGCACAGUGACUGGAGGCUACUCAUACGUCAGACAUGGGCGUCACCAAUUUACGACAAGUCCUGGAGCCAAAAAGGUUUGGUUAGAUUGGUCUUUUUCUUCGGGAAUGAAGGCUUCACAGAUGUGCAGAAUCUUGCAUUGUACAACGAAUCCAAACUUUAUGGGGACAUCGUUGUGGCAAGUUUUAAAGACAGCUACGGGAACUUGUCAUUAAAGUUAGCCACGGCUUUGACCUGGGCGUCCAAACAUUGUCCACAUGCUAAAUUGGUCGCUAAAGUUGACAUGGACACUUUCGUCCUACUACCAACUCUGAUGGAACUUCUCCCAACAAUAUCACACAACCACACGGAGUUUAUACUAGGGCUUCAGCACCGUUCCCGCAAACCUCUUGUCCGACGUAAAGGAAAGUGGGCGGUGAAGAAUGAAACUUACCCCUACUUUUACUUCCCUAAAUACAUCUACGGACAUUCCUACGUGAUGUCUGGUCCUACUGUUCACAAAAUGGCUGCGAGUUUUCCCUUUGUUCACAUCGUUCCUAACGAGGACGCGUUCAUCACAGGUAUCAUGGCCGUCACGUUAAACAUCAUCAGACUGGACAAUCCUACCUUUGCUUUCAGUUUAAAGAAAUAUAAAAUUUGUGAUUUGGUUUACGGAUAUUUUGUGACUGCGAUAUACAAAAAAAUUUUCUUAAAAGAUAUAUGGCGCAGUAUAUUGAAUAGGAACUGCUCUUCAGUUAUUAUUAAUUAA